GAACGUGCUCAUCGAGGGUCGCCCAGACAGUGUACAUGCUCGGCGGCCUGCGGUCCAGUGCUGCGAGAUCGAUAAGAUCGUGCGGCGAGAGUGGGGAAGAAGAGGGAAGAAGCAAGCAAGUCCUCGAGGAACCUCUUCAGCCUCUUGACGCUGGUCAUCGUAUAAAUUGACGGCGCGCACGUCGCUCGCAACGCAACUCUCACCAUGGUUCACGUCAAGAACAAAGUCUGUCUCAUCGUCCACGAUGGCUGGGGCAUUGCCCCAGAGCCCAACAUGAAGGGCGACGCUAUCACAGCGGGGGACACCACGAACAUGGAUACGAUCUCGAAGGAGCAUAGCGUGCGCACGCUGCAUGCUCACGGCAUCGCCGUGGGGCUCAGCGAUGGGCUUAUGGGCAACUCGGAGGUCGGGCACUUGAACAUCGGUGCUGGGCGGGUCGUCUGGCAAGAUAUCGUGAGGAUCGAUGUGUCGAUCAAGAAGCGCCAGUUCCACAAGAACGAGGUCAUUGUCGGGAGCUGCAAGCAUGCAAAGGAGGGGAACGGCCGUCUGCACCUGCUGGGUCUCGUCUCGGACGGUGGCGUGCACUCGCACAUACGCCACCUGUACGCGCUGCUCGAGGCCGCGAAGGAGGUCGGUGUCCCGCAUGUCUACAUCCACUUCUUCGGCGAUGGGCGUGACACCGCGCCCCGCUCGGCCGCAGGAUACGUCAAGGACCUCCUCGCCUUCAUCAAGAAGGAGAAAUAUGGUGAGAUCGCGACCGUCGUGGGUCGUUACUACGCAAUGGACCGCGACAAGCGUUGGGAGCGCAUCAAGAUCGCCAUGGAUGGCCUCGUGAAGGGCGUAGGCGAGAAGGGCGAAGACAUCGUGAAAGCGAUUGAGGAACGAUACAAGAAGGAUGAGACGGACGAAUUCUUGAAGCCUAUCAUCGUGAACGGCGAUGAGGGCCGCAUCAAGGAUGGCGACACGCUCUUCUUCUUCAACUACCGCUCUGACCGGAUGCGGGAGAUUGUCACUGUGCUUGGCCUCCCUGACAAGCCCAUGGAGGUCGAUGUACCGAAAAACCUCCACAUCAGCACCAUGUCACAGUACAACGCCGAGUUCCCCUUCCCGGUUGCCUUCCCGCCACAAGCGAUGACCAAUGUUCUCGCUGAAUGGCUCGCGAAGCAGGGCAUCAAGCAGGCACACAUAGCUGAAACCGAGAAAUAUGCACACGUCACAUUCUUCUUCAACGGCGGUGUUGAGAAACAAUAUCCUAACGAGGAGCGUCAUUUGAUCCCCUCGCCUAAAGUCGCGACGUACGACAAGGACCCCAAGAUGAGCGUCCAGGCCGUCGCGAACACGGUUGCGGAGGUUAUACGCAAGGGCGACAAGGAGUUCGUGAUGUGCAACUUUGCGCCGCCGGAUAUGGUUGGCCACACGGGCGUGUUCGAGGCAGCCGUGGAGGCCAUCUCCGCAACGGACAAGGCCGUCGAGACGGUGUACAAGGCCUGCGAGGAGGCGGGCUACAUCCUGCUCAUCACCUCGGACCAUGGGAACGCGGAGCAGAUGAUCAACUCCGAGACGGGUGCGCCGCACACGGCACACACGACGAACCCGGUGCCGUUCAUCAUGACGGGUGACCCGAAGAAGUUCCACUUCACUGUCGACAAGAAGGACGGUGAGGAGGAGGAAGGCGCGCUGUGCGAUGUGGCGCCGACGGUUCUUGACGUAAUGGGAUUGCCCAAGCCCGAAGAGAUGACAGGUCGCUCGUUGCUCGCGCAUGAUGAGAAGAAGGAAGCAAAUUAGAAGGACUCUAG